GCGAGAAAGCGCUGCAGUGAUGUCCUCGCAUAGGAGGCUGGGAUAGGUGUGCGCCCGGCGGAACACCCUAAACACACUUGCACGCAGGCUCCAGCAGAAUCCAGGGCUACAGGGACUAAAGAGGUCUAGGGCAGUAGAGGCCCGAAGCCCAGGCUGGUCUGUCCGAGGGAAAAGAAGAAAAAACGAAGCUUGGUACCAGAUCUUCGUUCCCUGCAGGACCCUGAGAGUUAGACAAGUGACCUCCUCCAGAACAUACGGAGAGUCUCCAGAAGCAGAGGCUUUAGGGAAGAAAUUCGCAAUAAUCAGCUCAAGAUCCUGAAAAGGAGGGCGAAGAAUCAGUGGCCAAAGCUAACCGUUCCAUACUCACACUUAUCCUCCUAUCUCCAGGCCACCAUGUCUGCAGUAAACGGCACCCCUUGGGGGUCAGCAGCGGGGGAGGAGGUCUGGGCAGGAUCAGGAGUGGAGGUGGAGGGCUCAGAGCUGCCCACCUUCUCGGCAGCAGCCAAGGUCCGAGUGGGAGUGACCAUUGUGCUGUUUGUUUCUUCGGCUGGAGGGAACCUGGCCGUCCUGUGGUCAGUGACACGGCCGCAACCCAGCCAGCUCCGUCCCUCUCCGGUCAGGAGACUCUUCGCCCAUUUAGCAGCCGCCGACUUACUAGUCACUUUUGUGGUUAUGCCCCUAGAUGCCACCUGGAAUAUCACCGUUCAGUGGCUGGCCGGGGACAUCGCAUGUCGGACACUCAUGUUCCUGAAACUAAUGGCCAUGUAUGCUGCAGCUUUCCUGCCUGUGGUCAUUGGACUGGAUCGCCAGGCAGCAGUACUCAAUCCGCUUGGAUCCCGCUCAGGUGUCAGGAAACUUCUGGGGGCAGCUUGGGGACUUAGUUUCCUGCUUGCCUUGCCCCAGCUGUUCCUGUUCCACACCGUCCACCGAGCUGGUCCAGUUCCCUUCACUCAGUGUGCCACCAAAGGCAGCUUCAAGGCUCGAUGGCAAGAGACCACCUAUAACCUCUUCACUUUCUGCUGCCUCUUUCUGCUGCCACUGACUGCUAUGGCCAUCUGCUAUAGCCGAAUUGUGCUCAGUGUGUCCAGCCCCCAGACAAGGAAGGGGAGCCAUGCCCCUGCUGGUGAAUUUGCCCUCCGCCGCUCCUUUGACAGUCGUCCCCGUGUUCGUCUCCGGGCCCUGAGACUGGCCCUGCUUGUCUUGCUGACCUUCAUCCUCUGCUGGACACCUUAUUACCUACUAGGUCUGUGGUACUGGUUCUCCCCGAGCAUGCUAACUGAAGUCCCUCCCAGCCUCAGCCACAUCCUUUUCCUCUUUGGCCUCCUCAAUGCUCCUUUGGAUCCUCUCCUCUAUGGGGCCUUCACCCUUGGCUGCCGCAGAGGGCACCAAGAACUUAGUAUGGACUCUUCUAGGGAAGAAGGGUCUAGGAGAAUGCUCCAACAGGAGAUUCAAGCCCUUGGACAAAUGGAAGUACAAAAAACUGUGACAUCAAGAAAGGCAGGAGAAACAAAAGACGUUUCUAUAACAUCUAUCUGAUCCUAACACAGUAUAUAGAAACAGAAUAAUAAUUCUUCAAUACCAUAAGAUCAUAACAUCUCAAUUUCCUGCUCUCCUAGUUCCCCCCAAAAAGAAAUAAUGAGCAGUGUCUCCACUUUAAACCCUGCCUGACCUUGAGACUAUGUCUAAUACAGAAACACACAACUAGCCUGGACAAAACAGCAAGACCCCAUCUCUACAGAAAUAUUAAAAGUUUAGCCAGGCAUGGUGGCAUGUGCCUGUAACCCCAGCUACUUGGGAGGGUGAGGCAGAAGGACGGCUUGAGCCCAGGAAUUUGAAGCUUCACUGAGCUAUGAUCACGCAGCUGCCCUCCAGCCUGGACAACACAGCAAGACUCUACCUCAAAAAAAGAAAAAAAAAAAAAAAAAAAAAAAAAAAGAAACACAUACAGUUCAGUCCCUAGAAGUAUCUUCACAAUGGUCCAUACUGCCUUACUAUGCUUUAGAACUUUUAAUUUUAGGACAGGAAAAUAACAUUAAAUAUAGAAAACAAAAAUUGAACAUUUAUUCGCCACUCAAAAGAAAUACUAUGCAUAUAGGGGAAGAGAUUAAAUAUAAACACAGCAAGUUCCACCCCAGUCCUGUUUGUCCAAGGCUGCAUGGUCAAAUGGAAUCUUGAAGAGAACAGCUGGACAACAGACGACCCGUCAGCGACGUCUCCGGUCUGGACUUCUGCUGCGUCUUCGGCCACCUCUGGGGAAAAAAGCAGCAGGGAGAAAAGUCCAUUAGAGAGACAUAAUACUACGCCCUCAUUCUGUUUCAUUCGUAUUCCCUUCACCCAAACAGUGUUUGCCCUCUUCAUUUUACCUCCUCUUGCCUUUUGGUGGACCCCGAACAAAACACCAGUCAACGCUGAUUGGCUGUCCCAUCAAAUCUUGGCCAUUGAGUCCCUCCAUAGCAGCCUGGGCCUCCUUGUAUGUUUCAUACUCAACUAGAGUAUACCCCUGGGGAAAGUGAAAAGACAGAUAUGAAAACCCUCCUAUUUCCCCAAGCAUCACUGAGUAUCCUUUUCCUCAAAUUCAAACUCAGAAAAACCUAUAAACUUUAAACAAUGAAUGUACAUCAUA